UGUUUUUCAGUAAACAGCUGACCGUUAGAGGUUGUGUUUGUGCGAAGUUUAUACAAAUGUCAUCAUAAUGAGAGUUUUUUUGAUUUUCGCCCUCGUUUCUACUAUACAUUGGAAUACAGCAUCGUCUCAAAAAAAUACGUUAAGUGGAACACCAGCUUCUUCUCAGAACGGACUAUUUACUUUUAAUAUAGAUGAUCAGGAUGUACCUACAUUAGCUAGAGCUAAAAGGGAUGUUGAUGCUGAUAGCAACAUUACUAGUCCAAUAAAUGUCAAGGUGAAAGAACUCGAUGACAUACAUAAACAGCUGAUGGUCCAUUGGGUUCGGGAAGGAAGUAGUGUCAUUGUUUGCCUAGCAAGAGAUCCUUCACCUUUAUCUGAUAAUACACCCGUCAAUCCUUCCUCCGUGUAUAUUUCCUACGAUUAUGGCGAUACUUAUGUGGAAAAAGUCGAUGAGUUCAAGUUGGCCGAUGGAAAUCUAUCCACUUUGGAAAAGUUCUAUAACCAUCCGAGAUAUAAUACACAUUUCGUAUUUGCUGAUGUCAAGCAUAAAACUAUAUUUGUUACUACGGAUUAUGGAAAAACCGUCACCAGAAGGGACUUGGAGUUUUCCCCGACUGAUAUUUUGUUCCAUGAAUAUUACUCCAGUACAUUCUUUGUUCAUGACAAGAAUGAUCCAGAAAUGAAAGUGUAUUUAACGGAAGAUUUCGGCAACAGUUUCACCAUAUCUAGAGAUUUCGUUAUACAGUUACAAUGGAUGAAAGACUCUAAUGACAAUCAGCAACUUAUAGAAUAUAGACUUGAGCCGUCCAGAGCAGGAACUGUUAUGUAUUCGAGUUCUAUGUUCAAAAAACCACCGGUUUCGAUUUAUGCCACGAAAGUGAAAGAUAUUUACAUCAAAGACUCCUAUAUAUUCACCACCAAAGAAGGAGAAAAUGGGAAUGUAGAUCUUUAUGUUUCAUACAAAUUUGGAGUGCAGAAAAAAUGUAUUUUUGAUACGCAACUUGAGAAAAAAAGUUACUUUGUGGUCGAUGUUACCGAAAAUAGAGCAUUAGUAGCGGUUAGUCAUGGAAAGACUGUAUCUCAUUUAUAUGUAUCCGACAAUCUUGAUGGUAAACUUGGACAGGUGGAAUUCAUCCUAUCCCUUGAAGAUGUACUUUGCUACUUCCCAAAUAAUACAUGGCAUGAAACACUUAUGCAGCUUAUGGCUGAAGAAACAUUCGCCGACGUCUACAAAGUUGAAGGUCUGUCUGGAAUCUACAUCGCCUCGAGAGUGGUGAACAAACCGAAAGGAUCGAAUCUAGGUCCCCAGAAUCUUGGUUCUGUCAUCACGUUCGAUCAUGGCGCAACAUGGAGAUUGAUCCGGCCUCCCCAAAGAGAUAACGAGGGACAGCUUAUCAGUUGCGAUACUCACAAGAAUUGCUCCUUACAUCUCAGCCAAAAGUUCAGCUACCUAUAUCCCGACACUAAAACAAUAAGUAUUCUUUCCAGUAAAUCUGCCCCUGGGCUAUUGAUAGCCACCGGUGUCAUUGGAAACUCCCUGAAGGGUCAUUAUGGAGUCUACGUGAGUAGUGAUGCUGGUUGGACAUGGAGACAAACAUUGAAAGACCUUUAUUUCUUCAACAUGGGAGAUCACGGAGGACUGUUGACUGCUGUUAAAUAUUAUAAAAGCAGGGGACAAACGAAACAUAUUCUGUACUCAACAGAUGAAGGGGAAACAUGGAAACAAGCACCAUUCCAUAAGGAGAAUCUCAGAUUAUACGGCUUGAUGACAGAGCCUGGCGAAAAUACCACUGUUUUCACCAUGUUUGGAUCGUUACCGGAGUAUCAUAAGUGGAUAAUAAUAAAAUUAGAUCUAUUGAAAGCCUUCCAAUACAACUGUACCAAAGACGAUUAUAAAUCGUGGUCUCCAAGCCAAAGUGAAAGUGGACGAAACUAUGUUCCUUGUAUUAUGGGACAACAAAGAACGUACCAAAGAAGAAUGCCACAUUCAAAUUGCUAUAAUGGUCUAGAUUACGAUGCCCCAAUUUCCAUGGAACCCUGUAACUGUGAUAUCCUGGAUUAUGAAUGCGAUUUCGGAUUUGUACGAACGAGCAAACACGGACACUGCAUCAGAAACAAAACGGUUCUGAUCGAUCCCUACAAAGUGCCCGAAAAGUGCGUGCCAGGACAGUUUUACAACAGAACCAAAGGAUACAGGAAAAUUCAGGGAGAUAUGUGCAAAGCUGGAUUCGAAAAGCAUUAUUUACCUGACCAAGUGCCAUGUCCUUUCGUCGAAAUAGAUGAUUUUCUUCUAUUCGCCCAGAGGGAAAGAAUAUCGCGUUUCAAUCUAGUGACGAGGACUUUAGAAGAAUUGCCGGUGAAGAACUUGAAGAAUGUUAUUGCCAUUGACUUUGACAUGAAGAAUAAUUGCGUCUUCUGGGCUGACAUAGCUCUGGAUCUGAUUGGGAGACAAUGUUUGAGUAAUGGUAGUGCACCGGAGAUAUUGGUGUCUAGCGACUUGGCGUCUAUUGAGGGAAUGGCGUUCGAUUGGAUCUCUAACACUCUAUAUUUCGUUGACGGAAUGAGAUCGAAAAUCGAAUUGAUUAGGACAGAUAUCAAUCAUAGCGGAAGAAUGAGGAGGACUGUUUUGGGACCGAACGUUCUGAAGAAACCAAGAGGUAUUGCCCUUCAUCCCAAACACGGUUACCUGUUUUGGACAGAUUGGUCUUCCGACAAUCCGUCCGUGAACCGCGCCGACCUGGAUGGAACCCACCUCAAACCGUUGUUUAAGAAACCCAUAGUGGAGUGGCCCAACGGCAUCACUAUUGAUUACAUCGCCGAAAGAAUCUACUGGGUUGAUGCUAAGCAAGAUUACAUAGCGUCCGCAGAUUUGCAUGGGGAUGAUAUGAAAUAUGUCAUCAGGGGAAGCGAGGUUGUAUCGCAUCCGUUCGCAGUUGCCGUGUUCAAGAACACCAUGUUCUGGGACGACUGGAAAAGAAUUUCGAUAUUUGCAGCUGAUAAAGAUAGCGCACUUGGCGAUCAUCAAAAUAUCGAAGUCAUUCAGGAAAAACUUGUGGGACUAAUGGACCUCAAAGUAUUCUCCCACGGCAUUCAAAUAGGCAACAACACGUGCAAUCCUAAUUCUUGUCCAUACCUUUGCGUUGGUUCUCCAUCGAAAGAGGGACACUCGUGUCUCUGCCCCGACGGUAUGAUAAGAUUAAAUAACGAUUGUCUUUGUCCUGGAAAUGUCAAACCGUCCGUAAACGGAACGUGCCCUAAACAGAUGGGAACCUGCGCCCCAGAACAUUUUACCUGCGCCGAUAACUCUUGCAUCCCGAUCGGAUGGAAGUGCGAUGGCGAGCCGGAUUGUGCCGAUAAGAGCGACGAGGUCAAUUGCAAGUCACAGAACUGUCCACCGUUCAAUUUCUUGUGCGGAGACGGCAAAUGCAUACCGAGAUUUUGGAGAUGCGAUUUCUCGAAUGACUGUGCCGAUGGUUCAGAUGAAAUAGAUUGCCCUAAACCGAACUGUACCAAAGACCAAUUCACCUGUAGUAAUCGUCGAUGCAUUUCUAUGAGGUGGAAGUGCGAUGGUCAAAACGAUUGUAAAGAUAAUUCUGAUGAGUUGAACUGCAGUGGUUCUGAACCUAAAACGUGUCGAAGUGACGAGUUCAAAUGCAAAGAUGGCGGCACAAUUUGCGUUCCCAACGCCUGGAAAUGUGACGGCGAAAAAGACUGCAAAGACGGAUCUGACGAAUACAACUGUACCAAUAAUCAGUGCUCUGAAGAUCGCUUCUUUUGCGGACCUCCAUCCAACGCGUGUAUUUAUAAAGCUUGGUUAUGUGAUGGGGAGAUAGACUGUGUUGGCGGAAAAGACGAGCAAAAUUGUUCCCAAGCCAAUAUUCCACAAAAGCCAACUCUACCCGAUCUGUUCCAUGCUCAGAACGGCACCUGUACCGAAUGGAUGUUCAAGUGUAGGAACGAAAAAUGCAUCCCUUAUUGGUGGAAAUGCGAUCACUCCGACGACUGCGGCGAUGGUAGCGACGAACAGGGCUGCCAAAAUAACGAGGCUUCGACAUCUCCAACGCCAACCCAGCCUACGCCCAACGGUCAACCGAGGGCCUGCGGUCAAAACCAGUUCCAGUGCUCAGACGGUAAUUGCAUACUGAGCAGUUGGCUGUGCGACGGUUACCCAGAUUGUCUAGGAGGGGAGGAUGAGGCUAAUUGUUCGAGCACCUGCGAUAACAAGCACUUCAGAUGCAGGAAGGAUGGCAGUUGCAUCCAGAAAGAAUUUGUAUGCGACAACAAAACGGACUGCCCCGAUGGUACGGACGAAUUGAAUUGUGAUCUUCACUUGCCCAAGGCCCCAGAAGCGCCAAGCUGUGCAGUUGGUCUGUUUCCUUGCGACAGUAGCCGAUGUCUACCCCUAUCUCUGAUGUGUGACGGUCGGAGGGAUUGCAUCGAUGGAUUUGACGAACUUCAUUGUGUCAACGUCACUAGGGUUUACCAGGUUCUUCAGAUGGGAGCAGAUGGUAAAAAUGAGACGAGCAUAUCGUUUUAUUGGUGGCUUCCGAUGCCUUUAGAAACAAUAUUGGAUUUCUUGCCUAGUAUCAGUGUAGAGCAUGAGAACAAAUGGCGAAACAUGACAUGGACGGAGGAAUCUCAAUACUUCUUUAAUGAUUUGAAGCCUUUCACCUCUUACAACCUGACCGUUUACGUUAGGAACAGAAACACGAGCGUUAUAUUCCCACCAGCUAAUUACUUGAUAGCGAGCACCAAAGAAGGUGUUCCUUCUGAACCUUAUAAUGUUACCGUCAAACAGCUGGACAGCUCUCAUGUUUUCAUUUCUUGGAAUAAACCACAGUCGCCAAACGGCAUCAUAAAUUCCUACGAAAUAGGAUUACGUUCGGCAGAUCCGAAUUUUUCCAGAAACAUUCAAUUACACAAAAGGACCAACACAACAUAUAUUCUGUCAGAAGAAUUUGAGCAUGACAUGGUAUAUUCUUUCUUUGUCAUAGCCCAUAACGGACUGCACAAAAGUCAACCGUCUGAAGUCGUUACCUUCACAUUCGAUAAGAAUACCAAUCUGAAUAGUCUUGAGAAUGUGACGGUUAUAGGAGUGACCAAUAGCAGCAUAACACUGGCAUGGAAUUAUACAGGGGUACAACCGGAAGGUUUUCAUGUAGAUGUAACUAUAACAAAUCAUGCUUAUCCAAAAUUGGAACCACAAACUACCAAGGAAAACAAGAUUACCAUUAGUAAUCUUUCGCCUGGUGUAACACACCAAUUCAAAAUCUAUGCUUACAAGAAGCAUUUUUCUGGUCCGGCUGUAAUCGUGGCGCAUAUAAUCAAGGGCAAACCCCUUCCCGAAAUUGGCAAUAUACGGGGAACAAUCAAUUCUACCGAGGCUGUUCUCACAUGGGAAAAACUUCAUGAUGACAGAAAUGCCGAUUGGAUUUAUGGUGUUUACUAUGGAAUUGAAGCGAUGGACUUAUUCAACAAACCAAAACUCGAAACUACCAAUCUUACUGCGACCAUAUCUCAGUUGGCAGCAUGCGAAACUUACACCUUCACAGUAGGCGUUGUUGGUCCUCUUGGUUACGGACCCCUUUCACGAAAUUGGAUCGAACUCACCACGUCUCCAGAUCCAAAAGCACCACCGAAAAAAUUAACGGUCACCAAAGACGAUGGAAAUCCUCUGAGGAUGAAGCUUAGGUGGAUACCAUCCUGUGAGACGUCAGAGGGCGUGAGUUAUAUUAUCAAAGUGUAUAAUCAGAUAACGAACAAAACUUCACGGUUCGGCAAGAAGAAAAUCGAUGGUACACCUUUCGUACAGCAUGUUUUCGACGUUUCUUACGGAGGCAUCUACAACGUGAGCGUGUCAACUAACGAGACGGGUGCACAGUUCACCGCACCAAUGGUUUAUUACGCACCACCGAUAUUACCACCGUAUGAAGUCAAAGUUUGGGUGGAAAACAACGGCAGUUACAUACUCUAUUGGCAGGAACGGAAGCUAUCGCCACUUGUUGGGUCCUACAAAUAUGAAGUAGUAGUAACACCAGGGAAUACCUUCAAUGAGAAUUCCUCGGAGAGAUAUCUCGUCGAUAAACCACCGUUUAUCUACACUAAUUUCACGGGCACCAUGUAUACCUUUGGGGUUAGGUUGAUCACCCACGAGAAUUUCACUUCUUUAGUCUCCGAGAGAGUGUCGAUGUCGAAUGAUUACAAGAAAUCCGUUACUUUAGCCAGGAGUAGCGUGAGUACGGUAAUAAUUGCCGUUGUCACUCUAUUCGUUCUACUCUCUGUUGCUAUCGGUGUAUUAUUUGUGAGGCAUAGAAGGCUCCAAAGGAGCUUUUCGCGAUUCACGAAUUCCCAUUAUGACACGAGGUCAGAUGCGGCAACCUUCGAUGAUAACCAUGGCUUGGAAGACGACAUACCAAGAAUUCAAGGUUUUUCGGACGAUGAGCCACUGGUGAUAGCAUAAGAACAUACUUUUUAUGUGGGAAUAAAAUUAUUUGACAAUUCUGAAAAUUUUCGCUCUUAUGAAUAUUGUGUGCUGGAACGAGUGGAUAUGUUGAGAAUGUACUGGUUUUUUUUUUGUUCAUUGGUUAAACUAAUAUAAAUAUCUGUAGUGUUGCUCUAGUCUCAAACUUUUUUAUUUCAUUCAAUAAUUCUCCAAUAAAAAUAUUUUUCAACUAUAACUGAGCCUAUUCAAUUUUCCUCAGAUAAAAAUUUAUAUGAUCUGAAUUGAACUCCUACUUUGAAUUCUAUUUUAAAUUUAUGUACAGCACUUUUUUAUUCUUGUGAUGUUUAUGUGUCUAAAACUUUUUCCCAGCUCAAAGUUGAACAUUCCGUUUGAUUCAUACAAUUACUUCAAGUGGUACGAAUAGAAAAAGUUCCUUUGGUAUUAUCCUUAUAUUGAUUUAUGUUUUCAUGGUUUAUAACGUUAUAAUUAACGGCGUUGUUUACUAAUCAAGGUAUGAAUCCCAAAGAAUACUAGCUUAUUUAUGACGAAAAUUUCAAAUUAUCGUAUUGCUCACUUUCAACAUGUUUAAUAAAUAUAAUUUUUUAAGAAAGAUUGCAAUAUGAUUCACUUUGAAUUUUCUUCGAUGAAUUGCAGUGUUGGUCUGUGAAAGUUGUUUGGUUUAGUAUUUUUUUUAUUUAUAUAAGUCAAAUUCUGUGAUACUUUAAGUUAAGGUUUAUUUGAUAUGUGGAAGAAUUUGACUAUAUCUUUACCUUUAUAAAAUGUUGAAUGUUCAAUAAAAUAUCGGAAAAGAUGUA